AGAAACCGAGACCAUGGAUGCCAGAUGGCUUGACUACCCUGCCUCCGGAGACUUGCCAGAUGAUGAAGACAUUGGUGAAUUCAGGCCUCACUUAACUUCUGAUGGGUUAGAUAUAGAUGAGGCAUCUGGGUCUGGAGACUACUCAGACUCUGAAGAUGCCAUAUAUCUCACCACCAUGGAUACUCCUGUGAUGUCUGACAACUAUAUCCCUGGAGAUACUGAGAGAAAGAUAGAAGAUGAGAAGAAAAACACAAUGGUGGACAACGAAAUCAUUCCAGACAAAGCUGUACCUGUCGAAGAGAACCUGUCCAACAAGGUCUCCAUGGCAAGCACAGCCAACAGCAGCAUCUUUGAAAGAACAGAAGUCCUUACAGCUCUCAUUGCAGGAGGGGCGGUGGGCCUCCUGUUUGCUGUCUUCCUGAUCCUCCUCUUAGUCUAUCGCAUGAAGAAAAAGGACGAAGGCAGUUACGACCUUGGGAAGAAACCGAUCUACAAGAAAGCCCCUACAAACGAGUUCUAUGCUUAAAGCUCAGCAGCACCUUGUGCCCAUCAGGGGACAAACAGACUGUAUGGAAACACUGUGCCCUCAGAUGAGAUGUGCUGAACAAACGCUCUUUUUGGAUUGAAUUUCAAAGUGACUUUGAGAAAAAACAAACUUCCUACGUGACCCUUCCCAUCCCGCUCAGCUAACAAGGGCCCAAUGAAAUACAAAGAGUCUGAAAAAAAAACCUCAGUGUAUUUUUCUUUUUCUAAAGCUAGUGUAAAAAGAGUAAAGAUGCCAAAUUUUCUGCUUGGUUUUAUAGAGGGUAUAUAAACACAAAACAGACUGUAUGGAAGCAAACACCAUGUGUUUGCAUCCAGUGUGCCGUGCUCAGAUUGGCUGCUUCUAUAGAAGAUGGCUUUUUUUAUAAACUUUGCUAAUAGAUGUCUUGCAGCAGGCUGUUGAUGUGAAGCAGUUUUGUGGAGAACUAUUUAUGAAUCUCUUACACUACAGAUAAUGUUGCCUUAUCAGGGAGUAAAAGGCCCAUACGGGCUCAAAAUCCCUGGAUGCCAUAAAGGGCCUAUGGGAAUGUCUUCCCCAGGAGACUUCUGUCUCUUCCUGUCGGCCCCAGGCAAGGGUCAUUCGUCCAUGAAAUCAGGACAGCCAGUUUUCUUUGGCCAUGACGACACCCUUUCCUUGCCUUCAGUCCCUUACCUUUUUUUAAGGGUUGCUUGUAGGGUUUUUUUAUAACAAAAUUUUAAAGAAAAUAGCCUAAUGUUUAUAUAAAGUUUGUAGAAAUUGUUUUGAAAUAAUAAAAAAAAAAAUCUACUUUUUUAAUUUCCUCAGAUUUAUUUUUUCAAUCCCUUUGUGUUUCCUUUGGCCGGGCAUUUCUCUAGAGAUGUUGUUUUAUAUGAUUCAUAUUCUGAACUGAAGCAGAGUUAGCUACAGUGUGUUACAGGUUUCUUCUAGUUCUAUAGCAGCUACUGUAGAGGGUAAAAGAUAUUUAUGGUUUUUCCAUAACUUUUUUAGGAUUUGAUUUUUUUGUUUGUUUGUUUAAAUAGAAUUAUUUAUAGUUUCUGAAAUGGCUGCUCUUCUCAUUUGGUAACUUUUAUCCUUUUUAUGUAAAACACUAAUAUAAUGAGUCUCUGUGAAAACUAUUUAAGCUUUAUUCUGUGAAUUUUAAUUAUAAAUUCAAGGCAAUAACUUCUAGGAUUAAUCUGUAUGCAAAAUUGGAUUCAUAAUGUGAUUGAAGUAGGGAAAAGAUGAGAGUAUUUCUAGCCUGUAAUAUUAUAAUCAGUCCUAUAGAGCUAUAUAUUAUAUAUUUUACGGAGAAAUACACAGUUAAGAGUGCAAAGGCUGGAGUUAAUUCUUCAGCAGCCCUGCUGUGUGUAAGAGGCUUGAUCUCGUUUGUACUGCUGUUUGUCCAGUGGGCUCG